CCCAUCGUCUAUGCAGGCACAAUGACUGGUGACACCAAUAUGAUUGAACAAUACGCUUCAGAGAUCUCACAGCUCGAGGAAAAAUGUCGGCGCCUCGAAGACGAGUUAGCACGAUAUGAAUUCGCAUACGGACCUCUGGGCGAUAUUGUCGAGCCUCAUUCCCCUGUGGAUGCUCAUUACGGAUAUGCGCAUCUACCAGCGGAGGUCUUGUCCAUCAUCUUUGACUGGGCUAUGGAGCCAUCCUUCCUGAUUAGACCUACCUUCGCGACCAUCCCCAGUGAUGCGUGGGCGAUCUGCAUGCGCACCAAACAUUCGCUCACCCUCGUUUGUCGCUCGUGGAACGCGGUCGCUCUCGAAUAUCUGUACCGCGACAUCGGCUUCACCAGCAUCGGACAAAUCGCCGCCUUCCAAGAGACUCUGUCAAAGUCGAAAGGCGACCUUGCAUCGUCAGUGCGCACGAUCACGGUAGCCUGCUAUGUGGCGUCUUACCACAGACACGUCUACUACGAGGAUUUGUGCGCGAUCUUGCUCAUGUGCCGGCGCCUACACAGCUUCUCUACGUGUAUCCGCGAGUCCUUGGACCCGUUCGACCACCGCUUUCAGUCGUACCUUUGUCCGAUAUCCCUGCCGCGCAGCGUAGUUAACCUAUCUCUCAACGACGAGCCGCAUCUGACGGUGGCGGAGGUCCUGCCACUCGCGAAGAGCACGAGUUGUCGCCUGCAAUCCCUUCACCUCACGCUCACUGAUUCUACCGAAGAUGACAUGUUUGAGCGAAACCUCGUAUUCGAGUGUCUGACGACAUUCAGCCUUGACUGCCGUCGUGUCGACAUUCUUCAUAUGGUCUCUCGAUGGUCGACGCCGCGUCUCAAAUAUCUCACCAUCUCCUCCGUGAACCUGCCGGACGCAGAAAAUUCAUUCCUCGUAUUUCUGAUGAGCAAAGGGCGUGAAAUCGAGUAUCUCCACCUACGCGAUGGAUGGUCCACGAUCAACGGGUCAAACCAACAGGGCGUUCAGCAGUACUGCCCCAAGCUGCAACACCUUGUCAUGUCCUUCAGGAUGCGAUGGACGGUCUCCCAUCCCUCCGUGCGCUGGGUCGAUAUCUGGGAACCGCCAGAGUAUACAGGCGGCGCACGGGAGAUACCGUCGUUCCGCGGGUAUGUUCGCCGCUUGCCAACAGUCUUCCCCGCCCUACGAGGCAUUCGCACGCUUGACUACGGCCUCUUCUUUAUGCCGGACCUCCCCCGUAUCUUGCGACCUACCGAGGACAUUCGCGACGUCGCCGUCUUCGAGCACCCCGGGAUCUGCGUUAAGCAAAGCGCAGGUCGACUGUGGCGCGCCGACAUGAAGUACACCGAUAUCGACGACGGCGACAACGAUGACAACGAUCUCGUGCGAGGGGCAGACGAGAGCAUUACUGCCGGUGUCGUGCAUCGGCAAAACAACUUGGAGGGACUCGAAGCAUCUCGGAGCCCCAAGGACGUAGUGGAAACGGCGUCGGAGGGACGCUCAGAGGUCAUGUCCGACGAAGGAGGCAGCGAGAGUUCAGGAGACGACGAUAACGCGGAUGACCCUUGGGAGCUUCCAUUGUCUUCUGACGGUACAGAGUCGAUCGCGGAGGAUGAAGACGCGCCGAAGUCUCCCUCUCCUCUCGAGGACGACUUUCCGCAACGCACGCGAUGGACACACGAAGAGGUUCUGCAGGCUUUCCGGCGUGCAUCACCACGGAAGCAGGCGCACCUUCGAGCCCUCCACCAGCGCCGGGGGAAACGGGCAUAUUCGAACAGGGCAAGGUGGUACUCAGACUGGGAAAGGGCCUCGCAAAAGGGGGCGCGGGAAAAGAGCGGGCUGAGGAAGAUCCAAGCUUCAAAAAUCAUAUGUGAGCGGACAGAGUCGCAACGGUCUGUUCCGACCACUCGUGAAUUGUUGUCGUCCGCAGAGCACUGA